UUCGACGUAAGGAGACAACGGACUUCGAGAAAAAACCAGAAGCUAGUAAAGAUAGUUUAUGUAUGCUCAAAAGAGGGUUUAGACAAGAACCUAAGGUCAAGAAAUCAUUUUCACUACCGACCACAAGGAAUUGUGAUUAUCAGAAAAAUAAUGUGAUUAUCAGAACGUGAUAUUGAUAAUCUUUCGGCAAAGAAGAAGCUUAGCUACUCAGAAGCCGUUGCAGAUUGUUGUCAUCGCCGUCAAACAUGGCUUGAUUUGGUUUGGAGAAGGUGAAACCGAAAUUGGGCGACGAAGAAGAAGAAGCCAUGGAGAUCACGUUCUAAUCCUUUUCUAAUGGCAAUGUCUCCUUUCUUAUUUUUCAGCUAUUUUCCUUUUUUUGUUAGUUUUAAUUCCUUCUUUAUUUACUAAUCUUACAUGGCAAUUUGAUUAGUGUUAAUAAUAAAGGUGCAUUUGAGAGUUCACUAUAGGGAUGAAUCUAAGUUUUGUGCCAAAAAUAUCUAAUGUAAGUAUUUGAACUCAAGAAUAUUAAACUAAUUUUAAUUAUGUACUAGAUUUUGGAUCCACUUUUAAAGGAGAGUAUAUUUUUUGUUUUACAUUUUUUUUAGAAAUUUAAUUUUUAUAUUUAUAUUUUUUGUAUUGUAUUUCUCUUAAAUAAUUCAUAAUAAAUUAUAAUAAUUGUAUUAAAAUAGUUGGACAAUACCUAUAUCAAUAGAUCAUGUUCCUCUUUUAAUAAAAUAGAUUUAGAUUUCAAUAGCUAAUUUUUUUUUUGAAAUAUCUAAAUUUUAACGUAAUAUAUAAAAGUAAAUCAUGAGUAUCUACAAAUCUCUAUUUUGAAUGAUUAUGUCACUCUUUUUUUAAAUUCUUAGAUACUCAUAAAAUAUUUCUUAGUGGAAAUGAUCCGAACUUUUUUUGAACAAACGGAAAUGCUCUAACUAGAAGAGUCCACAUAUGGAUUUUCUUUUUUUCAAAAAAAAACUUGUAUUUUUUUUUUAAUCUGAUGAAAUAUUCAAACUUUACAUUAUUGCCAUUUGUAAAAUGUAGUUAUUAUCAACUUGACCCCAGUUUCUAUUUGCUUUUAAUGAAUAUUUGGUGAAGAAAAAAAAAUUAGAUGGAAGGUUUACCUAUAACAUUUAUAUAGUUAAAGGUCGAUCUUGCAAAACAAUAGAUAGUUAGAGGGUCUUCUCGCGUAUUUCUUUAAAUUAAAAACCACUAUACGAUCGUCGUCGUCGUAGUCUAACAAUAACCCUAAAAUCAAAAAGAGAAGAAGCAGAGCAAAAUCGAAACGCUUUCUUUCUUACUCUCUUCGUAAUGGCGAGCAACAAUCCUUCGCAGCUUCUUCCAUCAGAGCUAAUCGACAGGUGCAUAGGGUCGAAGAUAAGGGUGAUAAUGAAAGGAGAUAAGGAGCUCGUAGGUGUUCUCAAAGGCUUCGACGUUUACGUCAACAUGGUCCUUGAGGAUGUCACCGAGUAUGAGAUUACAGCUGAAGGAAGUCGUGUCACAAAGCUUGAUCAGAUUCUCCUCAACGGCAACAACAUCGCCAUUUUGGUGCCUGGUGGAGCUCCAGAAGACGUAGAGUGAGAGGAUUGAUUAGUAUGUUAAAGACUUGUGUGAGGAGGAAAGAUGUAACUUUGGUUUUUAGCAUUUGACUCUUUGUUCACACACAAGUACUAGUUGAUACAUUUUAAAUUCAGAAUUACAAAUUGUUGUGAAAGAGCUUAAGCUUCACACUUUUUUAUUUGACUUAAUGCUUUCAUUGCUUCUCCUUA